AUCCUGACAAGCGGUUCACAGAUAAAGCCGCUCUCUAAACAGUAAAAACAGCCAAAAAUAAGCGAUUCCCGGGAAAAUGAGUGAUAUUUUCGGCAACCUCGACAACUUUCUUGAGAAUUAUGACGACAACUGUUUGGAUGCCAGCAUCGAUGGGGAGGCGUUAAACGGCAGCAUUUCAGUCCCUUCACCAGUGCCCAUAAGUAAAAGUAGGAGAAAAUCAAAAUUACCAAAAGCUGGAGCUGCUGAAGUUCAAACGAGCAAAGAGGCGGAUGUUGUGGUUCCAUGUUCAAGUGCAAUCCAGCAGCCAACCGUUGUGGAAGUGCUUCCGGCGGUUGCUGAACCAACGAUAGCGGCAACGGUUGAUUUGUCGGGUUGCCCCAGAUCGGAUUUGGAUGAGAAAAUGCAAGAAUUGUACCGGAUGUACAACUUCAUCUUUCUGCACAAAAAUCCGGUGGUCGAAGAGAAGCUUAGGAUGGAAGCUGGAUCGGUGAGCGUGAUCAAAAGGAGCUUUAACUCUCUGAAGACAGCCUACGAGACAAGGAAGCCGAUUAAAGGCAAGGAGAUUGACAGACUAUUAUCACGUUUAAAUUUGCUUAAAGCCAAAUUGAAUCAACUGCACAGCGAUAUCCAAAUUCUGCUAAUGGAUGUUAAUCCCAAUACUACCACAGCAACGCGUUCAAACAGACGUCGUCGCAAUCAACCCCUCUUAAACCCCGUUUGCCCAGCCGAUGUCAUAACUAUAACCCUGGACCCUGAUGACACACCGGGGCGGAUGCCGUUGCCUUCAGUUCCUUCGGCUACUAUCGAUUUAGAUUCCGACAACGAAGAGCCACCUUUAACCGCUGCCCAGAUGUCGGCAUCGUUUGAGGCGGAAAACUACCAAAUGCGUAUCAAAGUAAAGUGGGGUACCACCAUCGAAACCUUCGAUCACCGACGUCAUCAAAAGUUUGCGGACAUCAUGGCUAAGCUGGCAGCCCGGGAAAAGGCGGACACGAAUCGCAUUCUGUUGAACAUUGGCGAUCGCAUCAUUUACGCCGACGACACACCGGACACGAUCAACUACAAAACAUUCCAGUUCAUUUCUGGACGCAUUCUUAAGGAGAAGGCACCAACGGGGGCGAAGAAUGGUCCGGCAGCGGCAGCGACCGCCAGCAAAGCCGGUCUCAUUACGCUAAAGCUGCAGCUAGAAAAGCGCAAAGAACCGCUACAGAUUCGCAUUGAAAAAACGCAAACGAUGGCCGUCGUGAUAGUAAAGUGUGCCGAGGAGCUAAAAUGCAAACCAACAAAGAUACGGCUGUACUUUGACGGCGAUAUGGUCAACAGUAACAGCAAACCCGAUGAUCUCGAGCUCGAAGGUGACGAGGUGCUGGACGUUCGUCUCGUUGAUUAGUUCUAAAACUCUUUGGUAGGCUUAAAGAUAUGUUUGAAUAAAAUACAU